UACAAAAUUGGAACCAUCACAGCCGUCCGUUUCUCCCACACGAUUAGAAUUCGAAUUCAGUUCUCCGCGAUCACCGAAGCAGUCUGCUCUGCUCUUCGUAUCUCCCACUGAAGCUUUAUCCGACCGUUCCUUCUUCUGAGUCUCCCAACUCUCAUAUAAAUAAAUGGCAUUCUCAGUCUCUCUGUAAGUCCAAAACCCUAAUCUAAACAAAAUUUCAAACCCUUAUCAUCUCCUCUCUCGCUGUCUCUCAUGGCGAAGAAGAAGAAGAACGUACCUGUCGCAGUUGAGGCACCGGCUUCCGGAGGUGAAGUUGUGGCGAGCGAUCUCUCGCCGGAAGCACAUAUGGCGAACCUGAAAGAUUUAAAUAGACUUCUUCUGAAGGACACGGUUGAGCGCCGUGAACAGAUCCACCAGCUCCGAUCCGAGCUCUCUGCACUAGCCGCAGACCGUGAUAUCCUUAAUGAGACUGAGCGCGACGUCUGUGGGAUCGUCCUAUCCUCUAGCAUCUCUGAUGCAGCAGCACGCAGUACCGCGGAGAUGGAUGCAGCUGCAGAGACGGCGGGGAAGAUGCUGAAGAAGGCUGAGUCCAUUGCUGCUGAGCUUAAUGCGGCUGAAAUGCAGCUGGUUGUUGUGGCUAGAGAGAAGGAUAGGGUUGAGAGCGAUCUGGAGCGCUUGACGGAAGAGAGGGAUUUGAGUCGGAGUGAUCUUGAUGAAAAGUGCAAGGAUUAUGUGGAUUUGGAAGAAAGAUUUCGGUUAUUGAAGCGAGAGCUUGCGGAGAUGUCUAAGGAGAGGGAGGUUGCAGAUGCCAAGUGUGGAAAACUUGAAGAAGAGGGGAGGAGGAUGAAAGGAGAGUUGCGAUCUGUCAUGUGUGAGAAGGAUUUACUGGAGAGAUCCCGUGAAGAUGCUAAGCAUUUGGUGGAGAAAUUAGGAAGAGAGAUGGAGGUGCUGAAAAGCCAAAAGGACGUAGAUAUGGAUACUUUGAAUGCUAGUAACAAAGCAAAUGCCUCGAAGGUAGAGGCUUUGGAAGAAGAGUGCCGUUUGCUGAAGGAAACUAUAUGUCAGCUGGAAAAUGAAGCAGGUGACUUGAAGGUUUCUAUAGAAGAAAUGGAGGAGGAGAAUUUGUCAUUGGUUGUAAGGUCUGAGGAGAGUGAGAAGGAGAAGUUAGAGUUAGAAAAAGCCUUUGAUAUGAAGGAGAAAGAAAUGGCUUUGCAAAUCAAUGAGUUGAAGGAGAAAAUGACAAUGAUGGAAGAUGAGAAGAAUAUGGUUGAGAUUCAGAUCAGCAGCUUGCAAGCAGAAAUCUCAGUGCUCCAGUCUGCUAGAAAGAGCCUCGAAGAUGCUCAUAGUUCUUGCUGCAAAAAAAUUUCCAUGAAGGAGUCUUAUUGUGCUGAUAUGCAGAGAGAGAAGAAUCUGAAAGCUGAGGAGAUUGUAUCCCUGCAAAUGCAAUUAAAUGAGUCAUUGAAAAACCUGCAUAUCAUGGAGAUAACGAUUGAGCAACUACAGAGAGAACUUAAUCGUGUGACUGCAGAGAAUGAGGAAGCGAAGAAACAGAUUGAUUGUUCCAAAGUUGAGAAAGCUUCACUUAAGAAGCAUCUCGAAACAUCAAAUCAACGACUUCAGGAUGCCGAGAAGAAGCUUAAGGCUUUAGAGGAUUCUUCUGGCCAAGUCUUUGCUCUGUUUAAGAAGAUGACCGCUGAGGUAAGAACCCAAGAGAAUCACAUUAACAGAGUAAAUGAAAUAGUAGAAGUAGAUAACGAUGAGGAAAGAAAGCUGUUUGUGGACAACCUGGAGGCUAUAAAGGUAGCAGUGAAGAGAAAAGAGACGAUAAUCAAGGACCUGAACCAGAAACUGGAGCUCUUGCAGUUAUCUGUCGCCCAUGAAAAGAACAAGAUGAGAAUAUGGAAGUGGCUUUUUCCUGCUACGACUGGUAUCUUUGCUGCUGCCUCCCUGGCCUAUGCUGCAAAGCAGGCCCGCUAAGUUUCUCAUUUUGUAAUGCUUUGUUGCUUUCAUGAAGCUUUUUCUUUGAUAAUUGGCAAAGGUCAUUUGUUAUAGAAGAGAAGAGCACUUGUGAGUCUUCUCUAAUACUACUAUACUAAUGUCUUUGUUUCCAUAAAAAAUCAGAUUUUUAUGCUUUGACUUACUACAAUAUUCAUGCCCUGAACAUGUUUUGUCAGUCCUUUUAACUAUAUUUGUCUAUUUAAGCGUCUUCUUGGACUUGCAGAAUGUAUGAGAGGUGCAUUGAUAGGUUACAAUUAAACCCCACUGUGAUCCUAUCUAUCAUGCUGAUCAUAGCUAGAGUGAAUGUGGUGAUCUUUCCCUUUUCAGCCUUCGAAGUGUAUUACACUAAUACAUCAAUUUUCUAAUCUCGAAGCAUCUAAAGCUACCACUAAAUACUUUGGUGUUGAUUAAUUUUAGCCAUGAAAUAUAAAAAGCACAAAAUGAUUUCAUAUACUUGUACAUGUCGAUGUAGAUAAUUCGCAGAUAUUUAAUAGGUUCUAUACAAGGAACUUGCUCGAGGUGAUCACGUUGUAAAUAUUUUGAUUAUUUUUUAAUUGCUAUGGAAAUAUUUCUUCUAAAGCCUUUCAUUAACUCUGUAAAUUCAAACUUUAUCAUGUUUUCUAGCUCUAAUCGAUUGGUCACCUACUAGUAAGGACCGCAAGGUUGUGUUUCAUCCAUAGACAAAUUUGGUCUAAUAUUUUCUUUAUAAUCUAUCAUCUUAUAUAGGGCUUGAUCCUACCAAUUAAUUGCAUCAAUAAAAUACAAUGAAUCAAAAUUUAGGGCUCACAAUAGAACAAUUAAUCUCAUACAAAUGAUCAAAUAUGAGAUAUGUUAUUCCCCAAUGAUACAAUAUAAUGAUCUAUGUUGUUCAUGAACUUCCCCUCAUGAAGUAUACUGAAAUACAUAAAUCUAAGAUCAUCAUUUGCUAACCAAUCAAGCACUAGAGUUCCUUCUUUUUCAGUGUUUCAGACAAAAUUCUAAUUUAAGCCCUUCAAUGCUAAGGCAUCAUAAUCCCAAGGAAUCUAAUUUUUGGUAGAAUUUAUAGAUUGCACAUCAAGAAUUUUCUUGAUGUGAGGCUCAUUUGAUUACCAACCCCAAUUUUUCAAUGGGCUAUAUUGUAAUUACUGAAAUCAUAAUUUGGAAUGGUAAUAAAUGUUGAAUAUAAGGUAAGGAAUAUCAAUGAAACUAUUUAAAGAAAAAAGCAACCAUAAGGCCAUAUUAAUGCCAUGGU